GUUAUCAAAAAGGGAGUUGGGUAAAGCAAACUCCCUCCUUGGACGAGCACGGGGCUUAGUCAAGUAGAACCGGGUUGCGCUGCUUGAUGCUCCGAUCGAAAACAAAUCAGUGGGGCCAUGCCGGUACGACUGAAUAUGCGUUAAAAAGGUCAAUCCCUCCCCUACGACACCAAAAAAAACCGGGCCGAACUUCUAACAGCCCGCCCGCUUCCAUAGAACAAUAUCGUGGCAACGUAGACCUAAGUGGUCAUAUAUAUUGGAUCUUUGGGAACCAUCACAAGUGCGGCCGGCCUAUAUUUAAACGAGAAUGCCGUGUCGUCCAGCGGAGCCUAGAAGAAGGUGACUCGCGCAGACAGCUGACUCCUUCUUUUCAAUAGAAAGGAAUAGAACAAACCAACCCAGCUGGCUGGUCAAUCUCAGAGAUCUUAUCGGCCGGCAAACCGGAGACGGACGACCACGGUCCCGACCUUAUCAGCACCGGAGGUGUACUAAUCAAUGAACCCACCCCCGAAACCUACUUUCUUUUCUGACAAAAUCAACCAAGCCUAACCGGUCACGACAUGUUGUUGAUAUUGAUUGAGUUUGAGGGACUUUCGCUGACUAAAUCCAUCCAUAAACCUAGACCCCGGCAACUUUCGUAACCAAAGCGUCAAGACAACAGCCAAAGGUCACCUUUGGAUUCUUAAGUAGGGGGCAAAGAGGAGCACGUAGGAAUGCCGACCACUACAUAAGCCACUGGUGGCUGAGAGAAAGCGAGCAGCACCUUGUAUAGGUUGGGCGGAAGCGAGCCCCUAUCAGAGAAAGCCAUUGCGCGCUAGCCUAGCUAGCUAGCUUCAGCUGGCUGUUAUGUUAGUUGUAGCGCGCCUUCCCUCCUUCUCUCACUUCGGAAAGAUUUCGCAGUCUUUUCUUAUGAUGACCUGGUCGAGAGAGUACGAUACAUCGGUGUAAAAGAUGGAGUGGGAUCUGUGAGGUUGGUUAUAGUAAGGCCUGGCCGGAAAGUGUUCUUGCCUCUAUCAUUGAAGGAAAGGUUGGUCAACAAUUUGGAGAGUUUGCUUCUACACGGAAACGAAGACUUUCGAGAACAAAUAUUAAACCGGGAAGAAAAAAGGGGAAAAAGUAAAUAAAGUCUAAGCGCAUAUGGCACGAAAAGGAAAUCCGAUUUCGGUAAGACUCGAUCUGAAUCGUAGUUCAGAUUCAAGUCGGUUCAGUGAGGGCGACCGCGAAAGUCACCGAAUGGGUCAGUCUUUUCCUUCAGUUUGUCCUAUAUAUAUAUGUUGAAUAAAAACGCUUGGGAGGACGUUGCAGAGGGACGGACACGACUUCUUCUAACGCUAGAAGACCACUGGAAGACACCCGGGACCAGAGCAUGUCGUGAAAGAAGCACACUGGGCGGGCGUGCUUCGACCGUGUCUCCGGGGCACAGUUGAAUGUAGAUAUCAUGAACGCGAGGUGCAGGAUACCAGGCCGAGAAACCCGGGCAACCACCCCCUAUGUGCCGAUCGCUAGCGCAUCCAGGGCCCCGGCGCCCAGCGGAGCUGGAGAGGCCUAGCCUGAUCUGAGAAGUGCUAAUUAGGUUCGGAUAGACUUCAUUCAAGAACGCCGCCGCCCCUGGAAUCAAUAAGAAAACAAGUGCUAAGUUUCAGAUCAGUGAAUAAACCGAAACGAAAGAAGAAAGAGACCUUUCUCGCUCGGCGCCUAAAGCGCACUAUGCUCCGCUUCAACAAAUGAGAGUUUUCGGUGGAACCGGUGAACCACGCGAGCUGGUUAGAUGCGUGGGACAGAGGGCUCAUAGUACCUGCUAGCGCAGCUAUGCAGUGGAAGGGAAGGAGCCUAAAUCGACCCCCUUCUUUUUUAUUUUUCAAAUAAAAAAGCAGUACAAAGAGAUUAGACUCUCGGAUGAGACUAAGCAGCCACCGACCGUUCCGACGCGCCCCUGACCUAUUUUUUUUAUGAAGACCGAAAACCUAUCUAAAAUGGAGCCUAGUUUAGGCUGUCAAACAAAUGAGAAAAUGGAAAAUUUGAAAUAUAACCACUAGUAGGGAUAUGGAUGGAGUCUCGCUCAGUAAAGAGAGUUGUAGAUUCGUAGAAAAGAAGAGGAGCCUUGACUUUCUAUGAUGUUAUUAGUCAAGAAGCGCUAACGCUGCAAUCUUUCUAAAGCAAGAAGCGAGAAACUUGACUUUGAGAAAGAAGUUGUUGCCGCUUUCUUUUUUUAGUAAGUAAACUAGUUUUGUUUUAUAAGGCGAAAGGUUGCUAUUUUUAUAAAAAUUAUUAUAGCGUUAGCGCUUUAGUUUUCAAUAAGUUUAGGCUUGACUAAUAACAUAGAAAUUUGGAAUCAGGGUGCGCAGGUUUGGAACCCUAUACAAAGGGCCUUUCCCUUCAAAUGACAACUGCCUCUUCCUGCUGCGAAGGCCUUGCACGAAACCAACCCCCCCACCCCCGAUCCAGUACCAGUUGUUUCGCUGGUAGGCCCACUUAGGUUAGGGGGGCAUUGUCCCUCAGUUCUUACCAACCUCCGGUGUGUAAUCGACAUGUUGCUAACUUCAACUCGGUUGAAUAAGAAUCAUUGAUUCCCUUUGCUGUCCAUUUCUUAUUCAUUCAGGGCGCUCGGCCGGUGCUCCUUUUUUAAACCAGAACAACUCUGAACGUUAGAGAAGAUAAGGGAAGACCACCUGAGCGAACCGACCGAGGGGACUUGACUUAUUCGAACCGAACGAUAGCGGCUUAAAGCUAAGCCUAUCACGCACGAGCAGCGUCGCUGCUUGAUCGGCGGGGAGAAGCAUCUCAAAGUAUGGGGCAAAGGAUCAAGCGCUUUGACUUUGUCUCCCGGGAUUCACCACAGGUUGGGUUUGAGAGCCGUGUGAUGGGUGACUAUCCAGCACGGUUCGGAGAGCACUUUUUGUCUGCGUUGGUGAAUGGAAGCCCCUCUAUCAAGCAAGAAAGAAGCGGCUAUUCCCACGGCGGAGUCACCAUUGACUCUAUUUAUUAUUAUGGUAAAUUAGUGUAUCAAGAUGUCAAUCUGAGAUCUUAUUUCGGUUCGAUACGUCCACCUGCGAGACUAACCUUUGGCUUUCGUCUCGGUAGGUGUAUUCUUAUACAUUUUCCCAAAAGAACAUUCAUUCAUUUCUUUCUUCCCCGUCGACCACAACGACUGAAACGACGCGCAAAAUCCAGACCCGGAAAGAAGAAGGGCCGGUGGUGGGCAUUUGGGAAAGUCGGGCCGAUCGGGUGUCUUCAUUCCAGCGACAAUACAGAAGAAGAACGAAACGAAGUGAGAGGCCGGAGGGCAGGGAAAAGAGUCGAGUCGAUCAGGCUCGACGACCGGGAGAAGCAAAACGAAAUUCGGAUUUGGCCGAAAAAGAAGCAACGCUAUGGAUACCAUGACCGAUCACCAUCGAUAAAGAAGAAUCUUUCUAAAUCACUUCGGGUCAGCGGGGCCUUCAAGCAUCCGAAAGCCGGGGUUGUAAAUGACAUAGCGUUCCUGAUAGAAAAUGACGACUCCUUCAGAAAAACGAAGUUUUUUAAGUUCUUUUUCCCCAAGAAGUCCCGCUCCGACGGCCCGACGAGUCAUCUAUUUAAAAGGACCCUCCCUGCAGUGCGCCCCUCCUUGAAUUAUUCGGUCAUGCAAUACUUAUUGAAUAGAAAGAACCAAAUUCAUUUCGACCCCGUCGUAGUUCUCAAUCAUUUCGUGGCACCGGGCGUGGCUGAACCAUCUACGAUGGGGGGAGCGAAUGCGCAGGGAAGAAGCUUAUUUAAGAGAAUACGUUCUCGCAUCGCUUUUUUUGUAGAAAGCUCGACCAGCGAUAAAAAGUCUUUGGCCGAAGCCAAAAAGAGGUUGACCCACUUCAUUCGCUUGGCGAAUGAUCUUCGCUUCGCGGGAACAACAAAAACCACCAUCUCGCUCUUUCCUUUCUUCGGUGCUACCUUUUUAUUUCCAAGGGAUAGAGUUGGUAUUUAUAAUAACCUUUUUUUUGAGGAUGCCCGGGAACCACUCCUAGGUCAAUUAAGGAUCAAAUGUUGGAACCUCAUGGGUAAGGAUAAGGUAAUGGAAUUGAUAGAGAAAUUCAUAGACCUAGGUAGGAUAGGAGAAUGGAUAAAGGGAAUAGAGAUGAUGAUAGAGAUCAUACUGAGAAACAGAAGAAUUCCGUACGGGUACAACUCUUAUUUGAACGAAGUGAAAAAAAUGCGAUCUUUGUUGUCUAAUAGAACAAACACUAAUACCUUAAUUGAGUCGGUCAAGAUCAAAUCUGUUUAUCAAAGUGCUUCUCCGAUUGCUCAAGACAUCUCUUUUCAACUGAGAAAGAAAACAAGAUCAUUUCGUUCCAUUUUUCGUAGAAAAGUGAAGGAUAUUCAAUUAGUAAUGAAAAAAGGGGUUUCGGGGAUCCGUAUAUGUUGUUCAGGUCGAUCAUCAGGCGCAGAAAUAGCUAGAACUGAAUGCGGAAAGUAUGGAAAAACAUCUCGUAAUGUAUUUAACCAGAAAAUCGAUUAUGCUUCUGCGGAAGUAUCUACUCGUUACGGAAUCUCAGGCAGAUGUAGUAGGGGUUGCAAACCAGACGGAACAAAACUUGGUUUUGGAAGAUAUGGCACUCAAAGUUGUAGAGCUGGUCGUCUUUCAUAUCGAGCCAUUGAAGCAGCGCGUCGGGCUAUAAUCGGACACUUCCAUCGUGCUAUGAGCGGACAAUUCCGAAAAAAUGGUAAGAUAUGGGUAAGAGUUUUCGCAGAUAUCCCUAUUACCGGGAAACCUACAGAAGUCAGAAUGGGAAGAGGAAAAGGAAAUCCUACGAGUUGGAUUGCUCGUGUGUCCACGGGACAAGUCCUAUUUGAAAUGGAUGGUGUGAGUUUGUCAAAUGCUCGACAAGCCGCUACAUUAGCGGCGCAUAAACCAUGUUCGUCAACCAAGUUUGUUCAGUGGUCGUAACGUAAUUGGUUAGUGGGGAAAAACCAGGCCGGGAUUCAAAAGAAUUAGGCGAAGGGUUUGUUCCUGAACGAGGGAAGUGGA